AUGGCGCUUCUCGCUGGCAAUGAUUGCGCCAUCCCCGUUAUCGGUCGCUACUUCAAUCAGGGCGAGAUUACGGGAUUUAUCACACGGCUCGGGAGAUGCAUCACGCAAGGACCACAAGACGACAUUCGCCUAGAGUACCAUAACCGUCGCCUCUCAGUGAUCCAACAGUUCUGUGCUCUGCUCAACAGGCUACAUUCCAAGGGUAUCAUUCACGGAGAUGUGAAGCCAUCUAACCUCGUCUUUGAUGCGGCUGGGAACCUACGAUUCAUCGAUUUUGCCGAGGCCGUGCUCGAGUCUGAGCCCCCUUGCAGACACGCUUCAACAAUACACUACACAUCGCCUUCUUCCCUGAAAACUCGUUCUCCCUUAACUCGUGCAGACGACCUAUAUGCAGCUGGGGUGACGAUUUGGCACAUUUAUACUGGGCAUUUACCGUUCGAACACAUCAAGGAAGAUGACGUGGAUUUGCUUAUUGAAGAGGGCCUUCGCCCAGAUCUCAGUCUAAUUGACGAUGAAGCCGUAAAGGCUCUGAUCCGCGAAUAUCUAGAUGGUGGAGAGUGA